AUGCUCCUGCCGGCCCACUUCCUGAUGCUGCUGCUACUGCCCAUAGGGGCCCCUGGAAUGGGUUUAUCCCACAAGUUCUCCAAAGCCCAGUCCAUCUUCUGCUGCAUCGACACAGCCCUGCCUGAGGCCAAGAAGAGCCAGCUGGAGGAUGCAUCCCUGCUGAGCAAAAGAGGCUUCCCCUACCUGCCCAGCCAAGACCCAUCCUCAGAAGAGGAUGAGGGGAGGGAGGAGGAGGAAAACAAGAAAAAAAGGACCUUCUCCAGCCCUGGGGAUGGCGGUAGAGCUGGAAGCCCCCCGUACAAAUACCUGUCCCAAGCACAACUCAGGGGGAGGAUGUACCAGGACAAGGCCAAGGGUGACCAGCGUACCAAGCUCACUCUGUCCCUUGAUGUCCCCACUAACAUCAUGAACAUCCUCUUCAACAUCGCCAAGGCCAAGAACUUGCGAGCCAAGGCAGCUGCCAAUGCUCAUCUGAUGGCACAGAUUGGACGGAAGAAGUAG